AUGUCCCUCACCUCGUCGAGGAUCCGGUUCACUGCCCUCCUGGGCAGUGGGCUGGGAUCGGGCCCGCUGGUCGGGGCUGAUGGCCAAAUCAAGGCCGACCCGGAUGCGCCGCAGCCGCACCCGGGGGACACCUUGUCUUCGGUGGCCAGCUUCCAGGCGCCAGGCGGGACAGUUGCCUUCGAUGGCGACGCCGGGCCGGUGUGCUUCCUCCUCGACAUUGAUGGAUACCGGAUUUUGUUGGACUGCGGCUGGACGGAUGCCUUCGAUCCGGUGGCCCUGUCGGGUCUCGCCCGAGUCGCCAAAGAUGUCGACGCGGUGAUCAUCUCCCACUCGGACGUGGCGUACCUCGGGGCAUUGCCGUACGCGCGCCGGUCGCUCGGCCUGCCGGAAGGUGUUCGACUGUUUGCCACGCUGCCUGUCGUGGCCAUGGGCAAGAUCGCCAUGUCCGCCGCACUGGAGAAUGCCCUGGGCGCGUCGGACUUUAAUCUGUUCGAUGAACGCCACGUCGAUUCGACCUUCCAGCCGAACCUGUGGCGGUCGCUGAGCUACUGCCAGACGCACCUGAUCGAUGAUCCCAAGGCCAAGGGCAUCACGGUGACCCCCUUCCCGUCGGGGCACAGCCUCGGUGGGGCCAUCUGGCUGAUCCGCAAGAAUACCGAUGCCAUCAUCUACGCCAUCAACAUCAACAAUCGCCGCGAGCUCCACCUCUCGCACGCGGACCUGACGUCCAUCUGCCCGAAGCCAGGACUGGUCAUCACCGGCUCGCACCGGAUGGACACGCUGCCGCUGAAACUGUCCGAUCGGAAUGAUGCCCUGCUCAAAUCGAUCGCCCAGACGCUUGACCGCGGAGGCAAUGUCCUGAUGCCAUGCGACUCGACCGGUCGUGUCAUCGAACUGGCCCUUUUCCUGGAGAGCAUUUGGGAGGACGAGUCGACCGAGCUCAACAAGCGCGGCUUCCGGCCGGUCCUGCUCACCCCCCAUGCGGAGCACAUUUUCCGUCUGCUACGGACCAUGAACGAAUGGGUCAGCGACGAUGAUCUCAUCCAGCGACUGAUCCAGGGCCCGGGCGCGGCCGCUGCCGCCGGCCUUGGCGCCAAGGCGUCCGGCCCAUCGCACCAGCUUCGUGAUCGUGCCCUGGCCGAGGACGCCGAGAGCAUGCUGCAGUAUGUGCGCUUUUGCCACUCGGUGGAGGAGUUCUUCGAGAAGUUCGGCACCGAGCCGUGUGUCGUGCUCACCGGGCCGGCCAGCAUCGAGUGUGGCCCCUCUCGGCACCUGUUCUCCAUGUGGUCGGGCGAUUCGCGUAACAGUGUGCUGCUCACGCAGCGCGCCUGCCGCGGGACUCUGAGCCGCUUUCUCUUUGAUGCGAUGUCCGGCCGGCCGGCCGCCGCGUCGGGCUCCGGCCCCACCGGGCAGCCGACCUUCUUGCCGGCGAUUGUCCCCCUGGCACAGCUUCCCACCCCGCCCGAUGUGACACUGACUCUGGCACACCGGGAGGCCCUGCAAGGCAGCGAGCUGACCGAGGCCAAGCGCCAGGCUCGGCGGCGACGCGCACGUGCCCAGGCGGCCGAUCGGCCUGGCAAGGCACCCGGCGGGGCCCCGGGUGAUGAGGGCGACCCGGCGGCCGGUGGGCCGGGUGUUCCUGGCGCCGCGCCGCCGGGUGGCUUGCCCGAAUCGGAGGACGACUUUUCCGACGACGAGGAGGACGACGAGGACGACCUCCUGGAUGAGGGCCCUGGCGGCGGACCCGGCGCCGAGGGCCCCGGCGGGGAAGGCCUCGACGCUGUGGGCGACUCGACCCAUGGCUCUGGCCCCGGGGCUGGCGACGAGGAUGACGAUGACGAUGAUGUGGAUGGCGGCUUCACGUACGACCUGAUGCUGGCAUCGCGCUUCCGUCGGGCCCGGUCGAUCGCCGCCGCCGCGGCCUCCCUGACAGCAUGCCGGGCGCUGGCCGGGCCGGCCGGCGGGGCCCUGGCCCCGGAAGCCUUUGCUCAAAUUGCCCGAUCGGUGGUGGACUCCAUGCGCCAUGCCGGAGUGGCGGUGGCCCUGCCGGCUGGUGGCGAUGCCGCGACCGAUCCUCUGGCACAGGGGGGCGCCGCAUCGCUCGUGGGCUUGGCCCUUCGGCCGGCCCGGCGCCAGGGCCCGCUCAUGUUCCCGAUGGACACCCGGCAGUUGGGGCGCCAGCAGCGGCGCUGGCGCGAUCCGCUGGCGGCCGCCGGCCAACGUGCGGUGGGUGGCGGCACCGGGCGCACGCGCGCCGGGCGUUGGACCGGCGGUCGAGCCACAGCCUCCGGAUCGGGCGGUGCUUUUGGCGGGGGCGGCGGCGCGGCGGGCACCGGCGGCGGUGGAUCCUCCGCCGCCGGAGCCGCCUCCAGCACAAGCGACAUGUAUGGCGAGCCCAUCCGGCCAUCGGACUACCGGCGUGCUGUGGCCCACAUCACCAUCGACGGGGCGGUCGGCGAUCGCAUGCUGAUGGAUGCCAACCGCGAGGCACUCCGGCGGAAGCAAGAAUUCCAGCGCCUGCGCGCCGAGCGCAUGGAAACCAAGGUCGUCACCUCCUCAACACAAGUCCACGUGGCAGCCUUCGUCAGCUAUGUCGACGUGGAGGGCUUGGCCGAUGGCCAGUCGGUGGUUCAGCUGCUGGAGUCUGUUGACGCCCAGCGCAUGAUUUUCAUCAACGGUAUCAUUCCCAAGUCGCGCUGGCUGCAACUGCAGCUGGAGGAGGAGCACCCGCAAGUGCAGUUCAUCCUACCGGCGGCCCGGCUGGCCGACCCGAGCGUGCAGCAGGCUAUCGAGGCGGCCCGCCGGCCUCCGACCACGGACACCCCCUUCGUCGCCCUCAGCGACCCGCUGCUGCACCUGGGCCUGGACCUGAUCGACGUGUCGUCCACUACCCGGGUGGUGACAGUCUCCUUCUCGGACCGCCUGGUUCGGAGCCUCAGCCCGAAGACCUUCGACAACUGCGAGUUCAGCCUGGUUCGGGCACAGGUCAACCGCGGGGGCUUCCUGCACCUGGAGCCGCUGGUCGAGACGGUCAAUGCGCAGGCGGCCAAACGCGCGACCGGGACCGACGCCGGCGCCCAUGUGCCGGCCGGCGACCGUCCGGGCCUGGCCCUGGCCAGCACCUCGCGGCAUGUGCUCAGUGUGGGCGAUGUGCGCAUGGCCGAGCUGCGCGUCCUGCUGGAGAGCGAGAUCGGCAUUCGCUCACGGCUGGAGGCCGGUGUGCUGGUGUGCCGUGCCGCCACGUCCGGGCGCAAGAUCACCAUCUCUCGGAAUCCCACCACCGGGGCCCUUUCCAUGCAGGGGCCGCUCAGCCCGCUGUACUUCAAGGUCCGGCAACUUGUCUACCGGAACUACGUGGUCCUUGGCUAG